CCACCGAAACGGUACGGUCAACCGGAAAUCAUUGUGAACCGUGUGCCAACGGCGGUGGCGGCGGUGACUCCACAGCGGGAUACCGGAACCGCGGCGGGUUACAGUUACGAUCCUCCCAGUGGGUCCUACCUUCCGCCGCCCGAGUCCGUUCCGUUCGCCGACGAACCACCGGCGCCCAGCGUCUCGGGUGGUUAUCUGCCACCGGUGGCCCAGGAUGAGCCUGUGUUUGUGCCACCGGCCCCCUUGUUGCCGGAGUAUCUGCCGCCGUCACGGGACGAGCCAGUGUUUGUGGUCACUACUCCGGCUGCGGGGCAGGGCUACCACUACAACCCUCCGCCACUCGCCGAUGAAGGCAUCGAUGAGGUGAACGAAACGGGCGAAGGAUAUCGGUACGAUCCGCCGACCAACAUCUACCUUCCGCCGGCGGGCGGCGUCGGACGAUCGUUGCUGCGGGACGGUGAUUCGGUGGCCUCCCCGAUCCGGUUGCAGCUCAACGAGUUGGCAUGUCUGCGGAACAGUGGUGGGUUUUUCCGGGCGGCCCUUACCCUGCAGGGACCGCUCGAGAGUGUGCCGCUGGUGGACGUGGACGAUUCGGAUGCGGCGGCGUCGGGUUGUGAGGUACGGCUCGAUCAGACGCGCCUUCUGCUCGACAUUGCGUGGUCCGACUUUGACCGGUGCGGUGUAGUGCCGUGCGGUGGUGGGGCCGGAGCCACCCGCGAACUGUGUCUGAGGGUCCGGUUUCCGGCCAUCGCCGGAAUGCGGACCGCAGUGGACCCCGUCCUGACGCUCCAGUGUCGCAUCCAGCAGCGUGUCGUCGCCCGGACCCAUUCGGUCCGUCUGGGGGUGGCAAACGAUCCUCCGGCGGUCGGGCGGUCGGUCGGAGCCGGCACGGCACUGGCGGUGGGUGGAUCGCAGCGUCCGUUCCGGUCGCAGCUCGGAGUGUUUCGCCGGCAAGCGGGUGGUGCGUUCACUCGACCCCUGCCCCCGGGUGGUGGCGUGAUGCUGGGCGAGGAGCUGAUGCUCCGGGCGCAGGUGUCCGCCGGGGAUGGUUGGAACUUUACGCGCCUCUCGGAGGUGGUGAUGCAGCGCCUGUCACCGGCCGGGACCGUCCUCAACUCGGCGUCGCUCGUCACCGCCAGCGGCUGCCUGAAUCCGCUAAUGCGCGCCAUCAGCCCAGCUGCCCCCGUUUUUGAGGCUCCGCUCGGAUACCGGCUCGGGUUCCGGGCCGCCAUGUUCCAGGGGAUGCGCAGCGGCGACGAGAUGGUGCUCCGGGUGCGUGUCGUCGGGUGCGUCGAUCGACGCGAGUGUCUCGUGGAAAAUUGUGUAACAGCCCGAUCGAAGCGUGAAACGGCCGGGCAUUCAGCGAACGACACCGUUGCCCCUGCCCUGCUCACCGAAACGUCCUCGAUCGCGUUUCGCAUUAUGCUACCCGAGGACGACGUCGCGUCGUCGAGGGCGAACCGGGUGGAUGGGCCGCGCACACCGCAGUCCUUGCUGUGGGUCACGGUUGGGACCACGGCUACGGUGCUGCUCGCCAUCGGUGCGCUCGUUCUGCUGCUGCUCGUCUUGCGCCAUCAACGGCGUCCCACUUACGAUGGCUACCGAUCCGAUUAG